AUAAAAUUUACAUCUUUUCAUUCCGAAUCAUUGAAUUAAAAUUAUUAUUUAUUAUUUUAUCGAACGCAAUCACAAAUCAAUGGCUCAAAGAGUACAAUAUCAAAACAUUUUAGAAGAAACGUAACCUCCAUUAAUAUAUAUCAGUAACCGUAAACUUUUGGAAAUAUUUUCACAUCCAUUAUCUCAUGAUACAUUUUGGCCACUAUUUACCGUCAUCAAUAUAAAUACAAGUUCUUUAGAAAAAUUAUUUCAAAAUAAACAGCAGUUUUUGUUUCUUUUUACAUCUUAGCUGAAUUAUGAAGGAACUUAUUAUCUUUUUCUUUUUCUGCUUUAGAAUUCUAAACCUUCAAUUAGGUUCGUUUAUUAAUUUGGGUAUUAAAGUGUUAUUCUCCAGUGUAACAAAGACAUAUUUUUCAAUUAAAAAAAAAUUAUUAGAAAUUUCAUACUAUGAAAUUAAGUGUUCUUUAUGUUUUUAUUUUACAAAUUAUUAUUUCUAUUAUAUUUUUUUCACGUUAAAAUUGUUGUGAUUGAAAAUAUUUGGGUGGCUUUCUAAAAUAGUUGUUCAAAAUGCUCCUCAUAAAACAAGAGGAAAAAUUUACGUAAUUACAAAGAAAGUGUGCUCACGUUGUUAAAGUUAUUAAACCUUGCUAAAGACUUAAAAAGUAAUAAAUAAAACUUAUUUCUAGCAAAAAAUUUUCAGCCCACUUAUUACUAUGUAUCACCUUACAUGGAUUAUUUAAAAUACCCGGAUAUAUCGUACUUAUUUCCGUACAUAAUACUCAAUACUUUAUAAACUACAAUAUUUCCAAAAUUUUUUUCUUUUUCUUCUUUUUUAGAAAUGUAGUAAAUA